AACACUCAAAAUAAAAAAAAAUAAAAAAAGGAAAGAUUCAAAAUUCUGUUUAGUUUAUUUGGAAUAUUUUCUCUCUAGCCAAACAGAAGGGAAAAGAAAAGAAAAAGGAAGGAGAAGAAAUGUCAUUGUCUCUAAUAAUUCCUAAUUCUCCCAUUUUCUCACCAAAAAAGGUUCCUUCAAUAUUCUGCAAAUCGGACGGUUCUUCUUUCUCGUCUUCUCCUCGGACCAACGGUUCUCAACAACAGCCACCGUCGUCUCCGUUGUCUCUUUCGUUAUCAUCUCCUAAAUCGUCUCUCCCUAUUUCUUCGACACCGCAAUCUCCUUCUUCUCCGUUGUCGAUUUGUGUACCGAAGAAACAGCUCUUGUUCGGAACAGAUGUGGCGCCGGUGAAGAGGAAAAGGCCGGGGAGGAUUGAGAUACCGACUUCGAUGGCGGUUCAGCUUGGAUUUGCAGCGGAGACGCCUAGAGGUGAGGAAGAGGUGCAAGUGGAAGAGGAAGGAUAUUCUGUUUAUUGUAAGAGAGGGAGAAGAGGGAAAAUGGAAGACCGCUAUUCAGCCGCCGUUGAUCUUAACGGUGAUCCUAAACAGGCUUUCUUUGGCGUUUACGAUGGGCAUGGAGAUUCAAAGGCAGCUGAAUUCGUGGCAAAGAAUUUAGAUAAGAAAGUAAAGGAGGAAGUAUCAAAAACAGGUGAAGAUGCCAUUGAUGAUGCAAUUAGAGAUGCAUAUCUAAUCACGGAUAUGGAUUUUCUAAAGGAAGAUGUUGGUGGUGGUACUUGCUGCGUCACGGCAAUGAUUCAUAAAGGCGAUCUUUUCGUAUCAAAUGCAGGCGAUUGUCGUGCUGUUUUGAGUCGAAACGGUGUAGCGGAGGCUUUGACAAAUGAUCACCACCCUUCAAGGGAAGAUGAGCGAGACAGAAUUGAAGCUUUGGGUGGUUACGUUGAUUGUUGCCAUGGUGUUUGGAGAAUUCAAGGUUCCCUUGCUGUAUCAAGAGCCAUUGGUGAUAAACAUCUUAAACAAUGGGUGAUUGCUGAACCAGAGACAAAAAUGUUAAAAAUUAAGCCUGAGUGUGAGUUUUUGAUCCUGGCAUCAGACGGUCUUUGGAACAAGGUUACUAAUCAAGAAGCAGUCGAUUUAGUUCGGCCUUUUUGCGUAGGUCUCGAUAAGCCUAAACCAUUUUCCGCUUGCAAGAAGCUUGCCGAAUUAUCAUCAUGGAGAGGUUCAUUUGACGACAUCAGCGUGAUGGUAGUUCAGCUACAACAUUUUCUCUUCUGACUCGUCUAAAUUCAAUAGCAACGGAAUCGAAAUUCCACUGUUAUCGUGCUGGUAGAUCUUUUAGAAUAUUGACACUUUCGAAAAUUGCUUCAUCCAUUAUCCUUACAUAAAACAGGAACCGUUGGCAGCAAUGUUGGUGGGCUUAACUAGUUUUGACGUCAACAUUGCCGUGUAUUUCUUGCAGAUGCAGAUCAUUAGACACUCCCCUGGCAUGGUCUAAUUUUGGUUUCAGUCCCUUUAUUUGUGAAAAUUGAUAUUUAACCCUCUUUUAGUUUUAACAUUAUUUGAUCGUCUACUUUUGUAAAUCGUAAUGUUAGUAGUAGUAAUAUCAUUAUUCUUCUUUUUUUC